AUGCCUUUCUUCGGAGGCGGCCGUCGCGAACCUUCACCCGAACCCGUCCGCGAACCGACCCCACCACCCCCGGAACCCCGCCGCCACGGCCUCUUCGGCUCCCGCCGCGACCCCUCUCCGGAGCCCAUUCACCACCAGCCCGUCGCCGAGCCCGCCUCUCGCAAGCACAGCAUCUUCAGCUCCCGCCGCGACCCUUCCCCCACGCCCACGACCCGCACAUCCGCAACCUCCCGCUCGUCCCUGUCGUCGACGACCUACCACACCUCUCCCGACGGCCACCACAACGGCAUCGGGGGGGGAGGCGGUGUGUUCCGCCGCUCCACGGACGCGUCGUCCGGCCGUCGCGGCAUCCUCCACAAAUUCGGCGGCGCCGGCAGCGCCGUGGAGAUGGAUCCUAGUAUCGUCCAAGCCCGCGAGCGCGUCUUGGGCGCUGAGGCCGCCGAGAAGGAGGCUGACCGUGCCUUGCUCGCCGCCCGCGAGAGCGUUGCUGCCGCGAGAGCCGAGGUACGUAGGCUCGAGGAGGAGGCCAAGGAGGAGGCCAGGCGGGCCAAGAUCAAGCAAUACCAUGCCCGCGAGGUUUCCAAGCGUGGCAAGGCCCUGGGACGUCACGGCGACUAA